AUGGGAUCCACUCAACCCGAAUUCAAGAACCCGGCUACUGCCACUCUUUUGGAGUUGGUGAAGUCUCGCCGCACCUACUACGGCCUCAAGGGCGAGAGCCCUGUCUCUGACGAUGUCAUUGACCGCAUUGUUCAGGACUCCGUUCUGCACGUUCCCAGCUCCUUCAACACCCAGACCUCCCGCGUUGUCCUCCUGCUGAAGGAGGAGCACCAGAAGGUGUGGGAUAUUGCCAUUAAUGUUAUGGAGGGUCUGGUCGCUGCUGGCCACGUGCCUAAGGAAAUGUUCGAGACUUCAACCAAGCCCAAGUUGGAGUCUUUCCGCGCUGCCUAUGGAACCGUCCUUUUCUUUGUCGACUAUGAAGCGCUCGCUCCCAUCAAAGAGAAGUUCGCGAUCUAUGCCGACAAGUUUGACCCCUUUGCCCUGGAGUCAAAUGCUAUGUCUCAGUACCUUGUCUGGACUGCCCUUGAGUCCGAGGGCUUCGGUGCCAACCUUCAGCACUACAGCCCCCUCAUCGAUGAGCCGAUUGCCAAGACCUGGGACCUCCCCGCCUCCUGGAAGUUGGACGCCCAGCUGGUCUUCGGUGUUCCCACCUCUGAACCUGGUGAGAAGGACUUCGCUCCUAUCGAGGGUCGCUACAAGGUGUUCGGCAAAUAA